GCUCAAUAACACCCAACUCAUAUACUAGCGGCUACCCAUAUCAUGCCAAACGGCUCUCGGAACUUCCACCACAAGUCUCACAAGGGUUGCAAACGAUGCAAGACCCGACGUGUGAAAUGCAACAAGCAAGCUCCGGUUUGCGCGAAUUGUCGUCGACGGAAUGAAGACUGCGAAUAUGAAAUACCCCCUCCGAAUCCUGCGGCUAUCACCGUAUUCGCACUACCCGCGGCCCAAUUGGGAGAUAUAACCUCGUUUAUAAGCGUAUCAUUCUUGAGCAAUGUCAUAGUCGGAUGUGUUCCUGCUUCUAGACCCGAGAGAGCACUAUGGUGCGCAGCUUUUGGAGAAGCCCUGGCCGGUUGCCAGUAUCUGCAGCAUACUAUGCUCUCCAUACACACCUUACACGUCGGACCUCGACUCUCGAAGGACGCCUUCUCCGAGGCCACAAACCUCGCCCACCACCACCAUAUCAUGGCAUCCAAUGCGUUCACCCACAUGGCACCCGUAGUCAACGAGCAGAAUUGGCUUGCAGUCUUCAUUUUUGGGAUAUCGGUCAUCAUCUUCCGAUUCGCGACCCAGCAAUAUUGUCCCGACCAUCUCUUCGACUACCUAGAAAUGCUGCAAGUGCUACGCAUAUCUAGUAACAUUGCCAGGUCGGUCUCGUCAUAUCUAUUCAGAAGCGAAAUGUGGCCAUUUAUCCGAGAUCGCGCUUCGUUGCAGCUCAUAUGCCAAUCCGACGACAUUGGUAUGCAGCAGGCCAUCGAGAAUCUUGAAGGCAUCGUCAGUAACUAUCGACCCCGUUCUGAAAAUCGCAGAAAGGCAACCCCUGCUGCCUUUGAGGCUUUCAAGACCUGGGUCAUUACGUGUCAUGGUUAUCCAAGUGUGUGGCGUCAUUACAUUGACUGGCCAGCGACCAUCCAGACGGAGUUUCUAAAUGAUAUACGAGAGGAGGAGGAUGUACCCUUGUUGCUGUUGAUAUACUGGUGUGCCAUCAUGUAUCGUGGGCCUCGGCGGUGGUUUAUGGAAGUGUGGCUGCGUCGGACAGCAACGGUUGUGGUGAAAAAGUUGGACGGGGACUGGAAUCAGGCGCUGGUGUGGCCAUUAGAAACUCUUCAAAUCAUACAUCAAUAGUUCUCUGCUCGUUUUCAUUCCAUCGCUGGGAG